GCUGACAAUUGACAUUUGUCAAAUAUCAAGUCUCGGCAUUAUUAGUGUUGAUGCGGCAAUUUUGUAAUAAAAUAAUUUAAUAGUUUUUGUGUAUUAUAUUAAAGUAAUAUUUUACGAUAAUGUUAGAUUAAUAAGCAUUUAUAUUAUAGUGAGAAUAUUGUAUUUGUUUGGUAUUUAAUUUAUGUGUGAGGUAAAAGAAGAGUUGAAAAUGAAGGAACACCGUCCUGAUUUAUGUUCGAGAUAUAUCAAGAUAUUUAUCGUCGUUUCUUGUUACUGGAUAGUUUCAAUAGCAACAGUGUUUGUAAACAAAACCCUGCUGAGCAGUCAGUCGGUGGCCCUCGAGGCUCCUCUGUUCAUAACAUGGUUCCAAUGUGUGGUGUCGUUCACUAUAUGCUACAGCUUGAGCAAGUCUGGUGGGAUACCGAAAGUGUUCACAUUCCCCUCAGGCACUCCUUGGAACAUUGAGGUUGUGAGAAAGGUGGUGCCUCUAUCUGUUAUGUUCACUCUAAUGAUAGCGACAAACAACUUAUGUUUAAAAUAUGUAGGGGUGCCUUUCUAUUAUGUUGGGAGGUCGUUGACAACAGUAUUUAAUGUGGUGUUUAGCUACAUCUUGUUAGGACAGACUACAUCAUAUCGGUGUAUAUUGUGCUGUGGGUUUAUCAUUUUCGGAUUCUAUCUUGGUGUCGACCAAGAGAGUUUGUUAGGAUCCUUCUCACUGAUUGGUACGAUAUAUGGGGUAAUCGGCUCGUUAAUGCUGUCUCUAUAUUCAAUCUUUACGAAAAAAGUACUGCCCAGUGUAAACCAAGAAGUGUGGUUGUUGUCAUACUACAAUAAUGCUUAUUCGAUCUUCCUGUUCCCUCCAUUAAUAAUGCUCAACGGUGAACUAUCAGCACUGCGGAAUUAUAACAACUUUGACAGUACAUAUUUUUGGUUCCAAAUGGUAAUUGGGGGCAUUUGUGGAUUUGCUAUUGGAUAUUUUACAUCAUUACAGAUAAAGGUGACAUCGCCGCUCACUCAUAACAUAUCCGGUACAGCAAAAGCAUGCACGCAAACAGUAAUAGCGACCCAGUGGUACAACGAAUCUAAAAAUACGCUUUGGUGGACGUCAAACGUUAUUGUCCUAGCCAGUUCAGCUCUCUACGCGAGGUUUAAACAAGUUGAAAUGGAAGAAAAUUCCAGAAAACCUAUACCUGAAGAGAAACAAAGUUUAGUGUGAUUUAUUAGAUAAUUAUAGAUAAUUUCAUCCACGAAGACGCGCCCCACUACUCUCCAUUGUAGUGUGUGUGAUCAGCAUGAGUGCACACGGCAAAUACGAUGGAUAGCAUCGGGGAAAGUGCUUGGAUCAAUUCCCUUACGACAUCCCGCAACACCCUCGCUCAAAAGGUGGUAGGGCGCGUCUCAGUAAAUGAAAUGACCUAUAGGAUAUGUGAUGUUCAAAAAUUCCUAAUUAUAUAAUGUGUAGUGGGCCAAGCACUAGUACUUGAACAUUUUUUUAUAUCUUUAUACACAGAUUAUUGGUAAAAAAGUGUUUAACAUUUUUUAUAAUAUACGAUUGUUGUUUUCAUUUAUUACUAAUUUUAGAGUGACAAAUAAUAAAUUAUUAUGUAUUUAUUAAAACAAUUUAAACAUGCCAUUUACUGCUAGUGCCUGGUGUAUAAGUCUGUGUGGUGUGUAAGUCUGUGUAUGACAUGUAUAUAUAUUUGUUGAAAUAAGUGAGUAUUUUCUUGACUGACAAAAUCCAUUUUUGCCAUUAAAAUAUGUUAAAAGGUUUUUUUUUACUUUUAGUGGCAUUCAGUCACAAAUAAUAUUACAAAUUACUAUGAUAAGUGUGAAAUACAUUAUAGAAUGUAUGUAAUUUUAUCUAUUAAGAAAGUAUGUUGUGUCUUAAAUAUAUUUAUUGUAACAUAUUUUAAUUACUUUUGUGUACAUAGAUAAACAAUUGUAAGUUGACGUAACAGAGAUGAUUCUUAUCAAACUCCUAUUGAUUUUUUUAAAUAAUUAUAUUAAUUUAAACUUCGUAGCCGUAAUCGAUAAUUUUCUUGAUCUUCCGGCACAAGUCUACUUAGCGUUGUGGCCAAAUGAAAAAUUUGUGAAAUAUUCUUGUCUUAGAUUAUCACCAUUUUCGCGGUGGCAGGCAUCAAUAAAUAAUCUUAUAACUCUGUUAUAAUUGGUUGAAAACCAAAUUUAGUUUCCAUUUCAUUAUAAGAAAAAGCCUCAGUUAUUAGUAUGGUAAGAGCAUAAUAAACUUCUUUUUGUUAGACAUCCUUGAUAUAGAUAUUUUUUUAUUUAUGUGUGUGAUAUAAGGUACAUAUUGUAUUUACUAUGCAUUUGUAUAUUUAUUUGUUUUUAGUAAAUAGUAUAAUUUUAUAAUAAU